UAAUUACUAAAUUCUUUGCAGAGCUGUGUUUGGUCCCAGUCUUUUCCAUUGUCCCAAAGAAACAGAAGGUGUUCUCUGAACUGUUUUCCACCUGAAUCCUCCCCCAGCUUUCCCUUUGCCCACCGAAUAUCCUCUCUCAAUUCCUUCCUUCGUUCAUUCACUCUCUUUAAAAUCCCUUCACUCUCUUUUCCAACCUUAAAUCCACCCAAAAACCCCUGAAAAAGAAUUGACAAAAAGAAGAAGAAGAAGAAGAAGAAGAAGAGAACACCAUGAGUGAAACAUUGAAGAACAAGUACCAAGUAUGUGAAGAGAUUGGAAGAGGGCGGUUUGGGAUCAUCUCUCGAGUGUUUUGUCCUAAAACCCAAGCCUCCUUCGCCUCUAAAUCCAUCCACAAACGCCUUCUUACAGACCCCAUUGAUCGACAAUGUCUAGAAAACGAGCCCAAAAUCAUGACCCUUCUGUCUCCCCACUCCAACAUCCUACAAAUCCACGACAUGUUCGAUUCUGAUGACACCCUUCACCUCAUUCUCGACCUUUGUCAACCUUAUACUCUUCACGACCAGAUUUUACAACCUCCUUCUCACUUGUCUGAACCCAAAGCUGCUUCUUACAUGCAACAGCUUGUGUCUGGUUUAGCUCAUUGUCACAGGUUUGGGAUCGUUCAUAGAGAUAUUAAGCCUGAUAAUAUUUUCUUUGAUUUUAGAGGUAAAUUAAAGAUUGGGGAUUUCGGUUCAGCAACAUGGUUAGGGGAAGUUGGAACAUCCCAUGGAUUGGUGGGGACACCUUACUAUGUUGCUCCUGAAAUUGUGAUGGGGAGAGGUUACAAUGAGAAGGUUGAUGUUUGGAGUGCUGGUGUGGUUUUGUAUGUUAUGUUGGCCGGUGUUCCACCGUUUUAUGGUGAGACGGCUGAGGAGAUAUUUGAGGCUGUUUUGAGAGGGAAUCUAAGGUUCCCUUCAAGGAUUUUCAGGUCAGUUUCAGGUGAAGCUAAGGAGUUGUUGAGGAAGAUGAUUUGCAGAGAUGUUUCCAGGAGAUUAUCUGCAGAACAAGUUUUGAGGCAUGCUUGGAUGUUGAAAGGAGGUGAAGCAACUGCAGUAGAGUGAUAAGUGGGAAUUCAUGUAUGAGUGAGAAGCAAAGCACAAAUAGCUUAUCAGUGUUCAAUAUGCCAAACAAAAAGGGUGGUCAAAGCAACAGUCAAACCAUGAAUUGGUGUCUGCUUUCAACAGAAUCUCCAGUUUUUCAUUAUGCCAUGAAACAUAAUUUCUUCACAUGGAGGCUCAACCACCAGGAACCUACUUGUCCUUUUUUUUUUUUUACAUUUUCUUUUGGAUUUCAUCUUUUUUUUUUUUUUUUAGUUAAUGUUUUAAGAAGGAAGCAAGAGAGUGUAAAUAGAUUGAUAAGUAGAGUUUGAGAAUCCUCCUCUUGUACAUAUCUUCUCUCCUUAAUGGAAGCAUAUAGGCAUAAAAAUAUUUUUAAUUUCUAAA